AAAACUUUCUGUUACUCUGUUGCAGUUGACUCAAUUUGAUUUAUUCUUUACUUGUCACCCAGACUUUCAGACCUUUGAAUAAUUAUAUUAAUAAUCUUAAGAGUUUUUGGUUAGUUUUGAAAUUCAUGAGUCAAUGCUGGCACACUCUAUUGAUUCUAGAACAUUUUACCUUCACUGUCCUCUGGACACUCGGACGUCAUCCGUCUAGUCCAGCAGCUGCAGGCUUCAGAGAAGGCACACCCACACUAGCUGCUGAUAAGACCAGACCUCCGUUCGCUGGUAAGCCUACACGCCUACGUAUUGCAAUUGACUGAUGGCCCGAGUUGAGGAGCCUGGACAUCCGCGCGAUGAGGAACCUGGACACCCGAACGUGGAGCAGCCUCUACAACCGCGCGGAGACGAGCCUGGACACCCGCGCGUCGAGGAGCCUGGACACUCGAGCGUUGAGCAGCCUGGUCAUCCGCGGGAUGAGGGGCCUGGACACCCAUGCGAUGAGAGGCCUGGACACCCGUGCGAUGAGAAGCCUGGACGCCCGCUUGCUGAGGAGCCUGGACAUCCGCGCGAUGAGGAGCCUGUGCACCCGCUCGCCGAGGAGCCUGGACACCCGAGCGUUGAGCAACCUUUGCAACCGCGCGGAAACGAGCCUGGACACCCGCGCAUCGAGGAGCCCGGACACCCAAGCGGUAAGGAGCCUGGACACCCGUGCAAUGAGGAGCCUGGACACUCGAACGUUGAGCAACCUGUGCACCCGCGUGGUGACGAGCCUGGACACCCGAGCGUUGAGCAGCCUUUGCAACCGCGCGGAGACGAGCCUGAACACCCGCGCAUCGAGGAGCCCGGACACCCACGCGUUGAGGAGCCUGGUCACCCACGAGUUGAGCCCUGUCAUCCGCGAGUUGAGGAGCCUGGACACCCACGCGUUGAGGAGCCUGGUCAUCCGCGGGAUGAGGGGCCUGGACACCCGUGCGAUGAGGAGCCUGGACAACCGUUCGCCGAGGAGCCUGGGCGCCCGAGCGUUGAGCAACCUAGACACCUGCGCGCUGAGGAGCCUGAGCACCCGCGCGGCGAGGAGCCUGGACACCCGCUUGCUGAGGAGAUUGUACACCAGCGCGUUGAGCAACCUAGACACCCGCGCACUGAGGAGCCUGAGCACCCGCGCGGCGAGGUGCCUGGACACCCGCUUGCUGAGGAGAUUGUACACCAGCGCGUUGAGCAACCUAGACACCUGCUCGCUGAGGAGCCUGGACACCCUCACGGUGAGGCCAAUGCAUACACGCACGUUACGAGUCCAGUAAUCUCAUGCAGGAUCAAUCCAAGUCAGCACACUCAGCAUUCCAAUGUACAGGCUUCGUCACAAAGAGAUGUCCAAUUUACCGACAUAUCCAAAUUCCAAAUAUUGAAGGUUCUGCGUCACAGCGAUUACUCCGUCGAACUAUUAGCCCAACAUGUCGCCUUGCCUAGCAAGGCCGCGAUCACGUUGAAGAAGGCACGUUUUGAUGUUGACGAGCGGAGGCUGCAGGAGGCGAUCACGGGCAGCCGCUGCCUGACGGAGCUGCUGCGCAACGACGUCUUCAGCCAACACACCGCCCACCUGCCGCCCCACCUCAACAAGGUGGAAGUGACCAUCAGGUACCCGGUAGCGGCAGCUGCGUUCACAAAUUUUGCCGCCGGUCGCUUGGUUGCGGUGAGGGAGACGGCGGAGCUGUACGCGUUCCACUCUGCAGCCUUCAUCAUGAGGCGGAGGAAGUCCCACAAGUGGAUAUACAACAUCCUGAACGGCAAACGCGAAGCAGAUCGGGUCAUCCUGCGUGACGCCGACCCCCUGAAUGGCUUCGUGCUGCUGCCAGACAUGAAGUGGACGGGGGAGAAGCAGAGCGACCUCUUCUGCCAGGCCAUCGUCAACCGCAGGGACUUGGCCAGCCUCAGGGUGUGCACUUCGCCUCCAUCAACUCCUGCCAUGAAGGUCGGCAUGGAGUACGGCAAGGUACACCCGCUGGACAUGGUCAUUAGUAACCUGGAAAUUUACUCUGAUUACUACCGCAAAGUGACUCUCACAUUAGUAGGCAACGAUAGUCACCCGCACCCUCUGCUGCGUAGGGUUGAAAUGAGUGGUGAAGCCUUCAUGCCAGUAUGCGGGAAGAGGAAGCGAACAACUGAAGACCCGCCUCUACUUGACUUGCCUCAUUCCAGCGGGUCUCCUAGAGACCAGGUACCCGUGAAGUCGUGGCUGGAUUACCACAAGAUGCAGAAGCGUCCCGGGUCGCCAACUGCAGCAGCAGGACGCGUCCCGGGCUGUCCCAACUGUCACGUCCCUAAUAGGAAGACUAGGAAGAAGCUGCUCUUCAGCUAA